AGUCAUCCAGAGCUGCUGCUGCUGCUGCUGCUGCUGCCUCUCACUGGAAGGAUGCAGACGCUGAGAGAGGAGAUGCCACUGCACUUCAUUAAAGAGCUCUCCGCACGUGCUUACAAAUGCAAAAGAGGCAAAUGAAUUCACUGUCAGUAGAAGAACAGCUCCUGGCGGGGAAAGAGUGGUGUUUUCAAAGGUGGAAUUGAAAGAGCUGCGAAUCCAUCUCCAGUCUCCGGUCAUCCUUUCUGAAGCAGUGGACUGUUGCUGCCUCAGUGUGGAGCGCUGAUGCUGAGUCGCUGGAGUUUCCUCCUCCAGCCACAUUGACUUCUCGGAUGGAAUCGACAUGAGUGACAUUUUGGAUGGAUUUAUGAGGCUUCGUUGAGAUUUUUUAUCGUCCUCUCUUCGUUGAUCAGAUGUGGCCUGUCAUGUCCUGGCUGCUCUGCUUCUGCCUCUGGCUGGCUGCGACUGCCAUUCAGCUGUGUCCGGCCUCUUUCAUCCAAACCAUCCAGCAGCAUCAUGGCACCAGACCAGGCCGCACCACCAUCCACAUGAUCGAGGGAGGAACCUGUGAGGUCAUCGCCGCGCACAGAUGCUGUAACAAAAAUCGCAUCGAGGAGCGAUCGCAGACGGUCAAGUGUUCGUGUCUGCCAGGGAAGGUGGCAGGAACCACCAGGAACCGACCGUCGUGUGUGGAUGCCUCCAUAGUCAUUGGGAAGUGGUGGUGUGAGAUGGAGCCUUGCCUGGAGGGAGAGGAAUGCAAAACGCUGCCUGACAACUCUGGCUGGAUGUGCUAUGCAGGGAACAAGAUCAAAACGACAAGGAACACUAUGCCAUACACAACCUCCACGUACUGACAGCCGUAGAGUGGUUCCAAGGGAUUGUGACGGGAACGUUUGCAACAGCUCUGAACAGGACGGCGAACUUGCAGUUGCUCUAAGGCUCUUGGGUUCAAGUGUAAAAAGUUGUAGAGAAACCUGAAGCCGACAAUACAGACACUCAGUCCUGCCUGCAGGAACUUCAUCAUAACCUUGUAAUGAAAACACCUUCAUUUCAAACGGAGAUGGAAUCCCAAUGUCUGCGGCAUUUGGAUUCAAAUCAGGACAAACCCUAUCUGCGGCCAGAUGUCGACUCUGGAGCAUGAAAUGAGAGCGGGAGAUAUCAAAAUGGACCUGGAAUAACUCACUGACAGUCCUCAGGUUCCUUUUUUUUUCCUUUGACGGACGUUGAAGGAAGAAGUGUACAUACAUCUGUGUGCUGGUGGAGCGAUCCCUGAAUGCAGCCAAAGUGGACGACGGAUGAAACAUUAGGACACGUUGUCCCGGCCAUUUGUGUGUGGUGCUUGUUUGCCUCUCAUCACUUUGCUUCACCUCCUCUCCCUGAUGGUGGUCACUGCACCGAGCAAGUUGUUCUCAAUACUUGAAAUGCCUUAUUUGUGUGGAAUCGAUGAAGAGAUUUUGUAACUAUUCCAUCCGUGAGUGUGUUGAUCUGUCAAU